AUGUCGCAAGAUACCGAGAUGACGGAUGCUGCUCAAGCAGUGCCUGUAUUGCUUGACAGUUUAGAUGCAGCGUUGGGGCAGUUCAUAGAUCCAGGCGACGACGAGAAAUCCGUGGACGACCUAUGCGCUGCGUCAGUCCAUGCUUCGUUCUCGAAACUCUUCCUGAGCGAGAAAUAUCACGAUAUCGUAAUCGAAUGCGGAGGUCGCGAGUUCAAGGCUCACCGAGCUGUCGUCUGUUCGCAGUGUCCAUGGUUUGAGAGGGAAUUUACUGCUAUAGCUAAGAAGCGCACUAUCAAGAUCUCGAGCCGCAAAGACGACGACCCUGAGGUUUUCCAACGCUUCCUCGAAUUUCUCUACACAGGAACCUACACUGUAGGAAACAGUCCACCUAAAGACACUGCCCAAACAACCAGGGAGCUCCAAGACAGGCUCGAUGGCCACCCGCGAUGCCCCAUUCCAAGCGAUUAUUCUCUACCCGAAGCUCCUGUUGUCGACGCGUUUGUGGAUAAAGUUCCUCCUCCGUCUUUGCCAGUACGCACUAUCAGACGUUCAAAUAGGUUGUCGCAUGCAGCGCCGACAGCACAGACAGUGGAGCCUGAGCCUGAGCCAGAGCCAGUUGAUGCUUCGCCCAAAAGCCAACUACCACCCGAGAUAUCGAUGGCAGUCAAUUUAUACAUCAUGGCCGACAAAUACGACAUCCCCGCACUGAAGCUUCUUGCCAGAGACCGCUUUUACGUGGCAGCUAAAGCGCGCUGGGUAACAUCAUCCUGGGAGGGCUCAAGCUGGGAGGACACAAAUGAGUUCGAAGACGUGGUGCUGGAUGUUUACAUUUCUACUAGACAGGAGGAUAGGGCUCUCUGGAAGGCGUUAUGCAAGCUGAUUGUUGUUAAGACCGAGAGCGAUGUUAUGAGGAAGAGAAUGGUGCAGGUCAUGAACGAGCAUGGUGAUCUGGGCUCUGGGGUUAUGGAUUACAUGUUGGAGCGGACCAACUAG